AUGGAGAGAACAAAACUAGAGGUUGGCAGAGAGGCAAAAAGAGAGUUUAGGAAAAGGGGGUCGGCGAGACGUGAGCUGGAUUUGGACGACCUAGUGCUUGACUUGCCGCCACCGCUGCCGCCACAUAAGACUGUUUUGUCCGACGCCGACGCUGAAAGGAACGAUGAUGGCGAAGCAGAAAAAGCUGCUGAUAGACUUUUAGAGACAGCCUCCCCAAAUAAGAAGCCUAAAGAUGCACUAGGAUUAGAAGAAGAAACGGAGUUUCCGCAUCUACCUCCACCACGCGUCAUCUCCGAGGCGGAGAGAAGAGUCGUCGAGAAACACAGGGAAUUGGCGGCUAGACGGCUGCAGCAGAGGCUGGAGGAGAAGCAGAUGGUUAUACGUGAGGCAAAGCACGUGAAACAUAUCAAGAGAACGGCGGCGGUGCGGUCGAAAUCCAUUAAGCUCAAAUAUCGCAGGAUGCCUUCCAACAAGGCAAGGUUGAUUUACACAGAUGUGAUCUCCCAAGUGAUUAAGGACUAUCUACGUGCACCCAGUACGGUAGAAAGAUACACUUCUGGUGUAGCAGGCCGACUGCACGAAACAGCAAAGAAGAAAAAGCGUGGGCGGAAAAGCAAGAAACUGCAACAGACUGAGUCCAGCUCGGAUAAAGAAAUCAAGCAGAGAGCUAAAACAGCUCUGAAAGAGUACUACGACCGUGUGAACGAGUACUUCACCAGUUUGAUCGACUUACAGCUCUCAAACGCUCUUAUACGAAGCGACCUUGAAAAGAUAAACGCAGAAAAGGAUAAGCUGCGCAUGCAGAUAUUUGAACUCCGGAAAGAGAGGGGGGUGGUUGGGUUAGAAAUCACGGAGGUGAGAGACGAAUUCCGAAGGCUCAAUUCCCAUUUUUCCGUGCAGGAUAAGCAUUACAAGCAACUCAUCACGCUCCAAGAGGAAGGCUCGUUUUCGAAACAGGGUGAAGUCCUGUCACAAGACAAGCUCAUUGAUGAAAUCAACUACCGGUUGGACAAGUACGGCAACAUGCCAAAUACGACGCCCAGCUGUCUGAAAUCCCUGAGAAGAAUCAACGCUCUUCUCGGCGAGUUGCCAUCAGAAAAAUAG